AUGGGCAGUGAUCCGAAUCUUGUGAGUUAUUUAUUAUCUAAAUUAUCUACUACUUUGAAGAUUAGGGAUCUCGGUGAACCCGGUUUCUUUCUUGGCAUUGAAACCAUUAAAUGUAGUGAUGAGAUUCUUCUAUCUCAACAACGGUAUAUAGUGGAUAUUUUGAAACGUGUUGGUAUGACUGAUUGCAAACCUCUGUCCACCCCAAUACCUAUUUCGAAAUCUCUUGUUCACUCUAUAGAUUUAUAUGAUGAUCCAACGCAAUAUCGAAGUUUGGUUGGAGCUCUUAAGUAUCUUACUAUUACCAGGCCAGAUCUAUCUUUUGCAGUCAAUCAACUUUGUCAACACAUGCAUGCGCCGACGGUCAAGGGGACUCUAUCUUAUGGUUUAUGUAUUCGAAAAUCUAAGUCUAGAGAAUUGCAUGCCUUCUCUACCUCAGACUGGGCUGGCUGCCCUGAGGAUCGUAAAUCAACCAGUGCUUAUGCUAUCUUUCUUGGAUCAAAUCUUGUAUCUUGGGUGUGCAAGAAGCAAAGAACUGUGGCGAGAUCCUCUACGGAGGCUAAAUAUAAGGGUUUAGCUGAUGUUUGUGCUGAGGUAAUAUGGGUUCUUUCCCUCUUACGAGAGAUUGGCGUCACUAGGGUUUCUAUUCCAAAGCUAUGGUGUGAUAAUCUUGGUGCUACAUAUCUAUGUGUUAAUCCUAUCCUUCAUGCUCGUACUAAACAUGUUGAGAUUGAUUAUCAUUUUGUACGGGACAGAGUUGCCAAGGGAGAGAUUCAAAUCAACUUUAUCUCCACUAAAGAUCAACUUGCUGAUAUAUUUACAAAAGCUUUAGCAGGUCCUAGGUUUAAUUUUCUUAGAGACAAGCUACAGUUCACAUCUGUACCCCUGUCUAUGUAUUAG